AUGACACCUAACAGUCCGUCUUCUCAUGGUUCCGCUGAAUCUAAACAUAGAUCUGUUCAAGAAACUGAACAAUUCAAAAAAGAAGAAAAUAAACACGAUGAAGGUGAGAAAGAGCUAGCUGAUUUCAUAGUUUUAGUAAAAUUAGAAAUUACGCUUAGGAAAAAAGAGAGAGAAGCGAAACAAAAUUUUUAG